GUGGUCACGUGCGGUCCGGCCGCGGAGGAGGGAGCGGCGGCGGCGGCCGUGCGGGGGGCGGCGGGACCGCUCCGCUCCCGGGGCGCCAUGCGGCGGCCGUAGCGAUGCAGCGCGCCGAGCUGCGCGACGGGGAGGCGGCGGCCGCGGCCUCCUACCGGGUGCUCAGCCGCCUGCUGGGCUAUGGGGCCGGGCCGGAGGCGGGCGCGGCGGGCGGCCCCGGUAGCGGCGCGGCGGUCGCGGGGCCGCCGGGCCCGGGCGGAGCGCGGCUGCCGCUCCCCGUCCCCGCUCCGGGAGGGGCCCCUCGGCCGCCGCCGCAGCUGAUGGUGUUCCGCAACGCCGCCGAGGGCCGCCCCGGAGAGGAGGAGGCGGCGGCGGGCGGCGGGGAGGGCCCGGCGGGCGGCCCCGAGCUGCUGUGCCCGCGGCACCGCUGCGCCUUGGAGCCCAAAGCGGCGGCGGGGGGCGGCUGGGGGCCGCCGGGGGGGCUGGAGCUGCAGCUGGCGGCCCUCGGGCUGCGGCCCCCGGCGCUGGGAGCGAAGGGCCCCGCCGCCUGCCCGUGCCUCGGGCCGCCCGCCGCCGAGGAGACGAGCGACGCGCUGCUGGUGCUCGAGGCGUUGGAGCCCGACGAGGCCGAGAGCUGCUCCGAGGAAGAGCCGGGCAGCCCCGGCCCCGCCGACCCGCAGGAGCCGCCCCGCGGAGCCGCCGCCGCCGCCGCUCGGAGAGCCGUGCCCGGCCCCGGGGCGGCGGGAGGCAGGAAGGGAUCGCUGCGGGUCCGCCUCAGCCGCCUCUUCCGCACCAAAAGCUGCAGCGGAGGGUCGGCCCCGGGGGACGGGGGCGGAGGGAGUCGGCGGGGAGCGGAGCUGACGGCCUCGGCACACAGCCUGAGCGACGGCGGAGGGGCCCGGGGCCGCGGGCAGGAGGAGGGCAGGAAACACAGACUGACGAGAACUCAAAGUGCCUUUUCCCCGGUUGUUUUCAGCCCCCUCUUCACAGGUGAAACGGUGUCUCUGGUGGACGUGGACAUCUCCCAGAGAGGACUGAGCUCCCCUCACCCUCCGACUCCGCCGCCUCCUCCGCGCCGAAGCCUCAGCCUGCUGGAUGAUAUCAGUGGGACGCUGCCUACGUCUGUCCUAGUGGGUCCGAUGGGGUCUUCCCUGCAGUCUUUCCCUCUGCCUCCGCCUCCUCCGCCCCACGCCCCAGAUGCCUUCCCCCGGGUCGUUCCCCUCCGACCAACAGAGCCAGCACCCAUCCAGCCCGCCCCACACCUCCAGUGCCCGCUGUACCGCCCGGACUCGAGCAGCUUUGCAGCCAGCUUGCGAGAGCUGGAGAAGUGCGGGUGGUAUUGGGGACCGAUGAAUUGGGAGGAUGCAGAGAUGAAGCUGAAGGGGAAACCGGAUGGAUCCUUCCUGGUGCGGGACAGUUCUGACCCCCGUUACAUCCUGAGCCUCAGCUUCCGAUCGCAGGGCAUCACCCACCACACCAGGAUGGAGCACUACAGAGGGACCUUCAGCCUGUGGUGCCAUCCCAAGUUUGAAGACCGCUGCCAAUCCGUGGUGGAGUUCAUCAAAAGAGCCAUCAUGCACUCCAAAAACGGGAAGUUUUUGUACUUCCUCCGCUCCAGGGUUCCAGGUCUCCCUCCAACGCCCGUCCAGCUCCUGUAUCCCGUCUCCAGGUUCAGCAAUGUCAAAUCCCUCCAGCACCUUUGCCGCUUUCGGAUCAGGCAGUUGGUCCGGAUCGACCACAUCCCCGAGCUGCCUCUGCCCAAGCCCCUCAUCUCCUACAUCCGCAAGUUCUACUACUACGACCCUCAGGAGGAGGUGUAUCUGUCCCUGAAGGAGGCUCAGCUCAUCUCCAGACAGAAGCAGGAUGCUGAAUCCUCCACGUAGCGAGGCCUCCUCGCCCUCCUUGCUGUCACUGAUGGAAUUUGGCGAUGCCAUCCGGGUUGGGCUGCAGUGGGGAUGAGGCCCACGAAGGUGCAGCUUCUGCAGCACUGCUUUGGUCGGAGGAGAGAAGAGGGGUCCCACGUUCCCACCCAGCAAGCACAGCAGGAGGGGACCCCCGGCUGGGGGGGGCUCGGGAGGGGGGGGGAGGGCUUGGAGAGGCAGCUGAGCCCCCCCACGGACUCCGUGCAGAACAAAGAAUGUCGUGGCACUAUUUAGGACUUGUAAGGAAGUGUUCUUUUUCUUUCUUUCUUUCUUUCUUUUUCGACAUCAUCUUCAGGUUUUCCUUUUGGUUCCCUUUGCAGCAUGAGAAAUAACCGGGUUUUAUCAUCAGCCUCCUUCGGGAAGGGGACUCUCCGGGGUCAACUGUGGGCACGGCGUGGGGGCGACCCCAUGGCUUUCAUUUUGGGGGGGGGUGCAGACAGAGGGCUGUGUAGGGCCAGGAGUAUCUCCCCCCCCCCCCCCCCCCCCCCCAUGCCAUCGUGGCAUCCCCUCCACCCUGGGAUGCAGCACAGCCCUGUGGGUGUCAGAGCAGCGCUGAGAAGUGCCCAUUGUGCCAAGGGGUGCUCAGCAACACCCCCCCCCCACCCCCCCACCCCACAUCCAACAUCGCCUUCAGCCCCCCCCCCCCCCCCCCCGGGGGAGGUGGGGUGGGGGGGUGGGAUUUAAAAAGGCUUUGGCUUCCAGCUGUGAACCCAAAACCUCCAGAAAUACCUCAUUGUGUGCUGUGCACUGCUGGCUCUGUGCUGGGGGGGGGGGCAUUGUGGCCGAUGGGCACUGCUGCACCUCCACUGCCCCCCCACCCUUCGUACCCCCCCCUUUAUACCCCCCCCUUUAUGCUGCAGCUCAUCCUGGGAUGCAACAACUGCACUGAACUGCUUUGGGGGGCAAAGAGAAGCACUGGGGGGGGCUCUGCCCCCAUAGCUCUGCACUGUGUCCCAUUGGGACCCCCAAUAGGCAGCAGCUGUGGGGGGGGGGGGGGGGAUGAGGUGGGGUAGGAGUGCAGCUUUGCUUCAUUUCCAUCAUUUUUGGGGUUUCUUUUUUUUUAUAUAUAUAUAUGGGGUUUUUUUUUUCUCUUCUGUGUGUGUGUUUUAAUUUAUUCAAAUAGUCGCCGUGUAAUUUAUUUUCGUAAAGUAUAUUAAAGAGAAAAGAGUUAAUGA